AUGUCCAGUAUGCCUUCAGAUACAGAAGCUGCAUCGGCCAAUGUUCCAUUGGAACCGGCCCAGAGAGUUCUGGCAGCAAAGAAAUCCCUGUGGGAAUCGAUUCGAUCUAAUCCCAAGGUCAUUUUCAUCGCUUUUUUUGCUUCCCUGGGUGGUUUCGAAUAUGGAUAUCAACAGGGUGUCCUUGGACAAUCGCUUGUCAUGACGCGCUUCGUCAACAACUUCCCCUCAGUGGUCCAAUCGUCCUCUGCGACAGGUUGGCUCACAUCCGUCCUGCAGCUUGGCGGUAUUGUUGGCUCUCUGUCUGCAGGUGUAUUGGGAGAGAUCAUCUCUCGAAAGUACACCAUGUUCAUUGCCUGCUGCUGGGUCAUCCUGGGUAGCUACCUGUAUAUUGGCGCCAAGGAGGGGUUGCCAGCCUUGCUCUAUGCCGGUCGAUUCUUCACAGGUCUCGGUGUAGGACUUUUCAGCGGUGUCGGACCACUGUACAAUGCAGAAUUAUCUGCUCCUGAGAUGAGAGGUUUGUUGGUGUCGUUUUACCAGUUCGCCACUAUUCUCGGAAUCAUGCUGUCGUUUUGGGCUGGCUACGGCAGCAACUACAUCGGCGGUACAGGCGAUUCCCAGUCUGAUAUGGCAUGGAGACUGCCCUCGAUUAUCCAAGGCAUUCCCGCGGUGGCCUUGGCCCUGGGUAUCUGGUUUAUGCCAUUCUCUCCCCGUUGGCUGGUCAAGGUGGGCCGCGAUGAGGAGGCCAAGAAAACCCUGGCCUGGAUGCGCAAGUUGCCGGUUGACCACGAGCUCAUUCAAGUCGAAUUUCUCGAAAUCAAGGCCGAAUCCGUCUUCGAAAAGAAGGCCUUUGCCAGAGAUUUCCCCCGUAUGGCUGAGGAGGGCAGCAAAAGCGCCUUCCGUGAGCAAAUCGCCCAAUAUAUCAACUGCUUCCGAACAAAGGACAACGCCAAGCGAAUUAUCACGGUUAUCUACUAUGCGACAAACGUCUUCCAGAGUCUGGGACUUACCGGUGGAACCAUAGCUCUUUUGGCGACGGGAGUGACUGGCGUUGUGUUUUUGAUAAGCACAGUUCCGGCAAUGUUAAUCAUCGACCGUGUUGGACGAAAGCCAAUGCUGCUUGUUGGAUCCGUGGUGAUGGGGGUCAGCAUGGUAAUAGUCGGCAUUAUUGUUGCCAAAUUCAGACAUGAUUGGCCUAACCACGUGGCUGCGGGCUGGACAGCGGUCGCGUUGAUCUGGGUGUAUAUCGCCGGCUUCGGAGCCACAUGGGGACCUGUCUCGUGGACACUCAUUUCGGAGAUCUUCCCCUUGUCCAUUCGAGCCAAGGGUGCAUCGAUUGGUGCUAUGAGCAACUGGUUAAACAACUUUGCCAUUGCGUUCUUCGUGCCGCCGAUGCUGGAGGCUUGGGCAUGGGGCACUUACAUCUUCUUUGCGGUGUUCCUCACAGCAGGCAUCUUCUGGGUGUGGUUCUUCUUGCCCGAGACGAAGAAUGCGACCCUUGAAGAGAUGGAUCGGGUGUUUGGCAGUCAUACAGGUGAUGAGCGCAAACCAAGAUGCGCGAGCUGUGAAGCUAGAGGCGUGACUUGCGCGUAUCCUGAUUUGCAGUUUAUUCCCAAGUCGACGGCUGGAGAUGUUGCGACUGCGAAGCCGAGGAGUAGUUCCUACACUCGUAUCAAGUUUGUAAAUGAACCAAUAUCGCCCGUCUCAAAAUCAUCAGACACAAACGGCAACAACCGCAGAGACUCGGACUCCCUCUCGCAGCAGCUGGAACUCCGCAGCUCAUCCUACAGCAGCAGCAGCAUCACCAUCGACUCCCUCCUCACCACCGCGCCCUUAGCUGAGGACCGCAAAAAGGAACGCCCGCUAGUCGACUGGGACGGCUACUUUGACACGCAGAACGUAUCUGCGGGCAGGAAACAGGGCGCCCUGCUACGGCACUUUCGGUACAUGAUGGUUCCGUGGAUGGAGGCCGGGGAUCCGACGUCGAGGCUUGGCGUGGACAUUAUGUAUCUCGCGCAGGAGCAUCCGCCGAUUCAGAGCGUCAUCGUUGAACUGGCUGGACAUCAGAUGAAUUUGCUGCAUGGGCGACGGGAUGCUGCGGAGGUGGCAAAGGAGAAUAGUAGGGUGCAUGCGCUGGAUGGGCCGGCGAAGAGGGUGGCGGAUUCGUUGGCUGGGGUUGCAGAGUAUCUUCGUGCUGGGCCGUUGCAGUGGCGGCAUCAUGCGUCGUAUGAGAUGAGUUUGCUGAGUUCAGAGCACACUGCGUUGUCGAUAGAAGAGCCGUUGCGGUCGUUGUGCAAGCUUCACUCACGAUUUGAUUUGGCAUCCUCCAUAAUACUACGACAACCGCCCCUCACACCACUAUCAUUCUACUCACCACAAGACUUCCCAUCAUGGGAUCCAGAUUCCCCCCGAGCAGCAUACACCUGGUCCCUCUACCACCUCACCAUGGUCCUACACUUCACCCACGACCCAGCCCAGCCCAUCACCCACCCGCUCCUCCAAGACGCCGCCCACCAGACCGUCCCCUCCUACUCCUCCUACCCCAGCAGCUCAGCAAAGUGGCUCGCCCUCUGGAAGAGCUGUCAAACCUGGCGAGACCGCCGCCCCGUCCCCAUGCGCCCCAUCCUCGACAUAGGCAACAUCGAAGCCGGGCAGAUCGACACCCGCGCAGACGCAUCCUUCCCCAUACAGCUGUACACCAACGCGCUGGGGAUGCAGGCCAACGUCGCGUACCACGUGUCCUCGCUGCUGCUGCUGAUGCACAAGCCCCGCCUGCUGAAGCUGUCGGGCUACCAGCUGUCGUCGACGUCGCAGAGCUGGCAUGUCCAGACGAUUGCGGGGAUCGCCUGCACCAACGACUUUGCAGAGCAAUGGGAUCCGGUGGUGGUGGCGGCGCUGCUGUUCAUCGCGCGGGAUAUGACGCACGGGUCGCAGCAGGGGGCACUGAUGGGGUGUUUUCGCAAGAUUAGGGCUGGGACGGGGAUGAGGCUGGAUGGGGAACUUGGUGAGUUGCAGGGCCUGUGGAAUGUAGGGAGGUUUGUGUAG